AUGAAGUAUCCGUCAGGAAAUUGGUUACCAGUUGGCCGAGCGCUACUUCACUGGCCUCUGGUAGCGGCAGCGCGCUUCUCCAGCGGACGCACGCCCCAGCACCAGCAGUGGGUCUCUGUCGCUGUCUCUGCUGCCGCCGCCGUCGCCGGCGCCGCGGUAUUUUUAGGCGCCUCGCCGCGCCGCCCGCGGUCGUUUAUAAAGGCGGGAGGCGCGCGCGCCGCCCCAGUACGAGUGGCGUGGGCGACGUCCGCCGCCGGCCCAGCCUCACGCACCGCGCACGUACAGUGCCGGCCGGCGACGCACCGCGACGCGACGCGCCGCCCCGCUACACGACCCCACACUGACGACCGGCGCCCGACCCGCGCCGAAGGCUACGCGCUGAGCGACUACCACACCCGACUGAUACAGACGCGGCUUCCAGCGGCGGCCGCGGAGGCAGCGUGCGUGCGGACACGGGAGAGACACGUGUGCAGAGCUCCGUCCGUCCGAAUGGCGGAGGACACUUCUUCCGCGGCGGAGGCGCAGACGCCGCUACGGGCGGAAAGCGUCGAGGAGCGGUACCUGCGAAUCUGGAACCACGGUGAGUAG